GCGCGUGCUGCUGCAGAACUGACGCGUCAAGUCUGCGACACGCUCCGCGGGCCUUCUCGGCAUGCCAAAAUCUGAUGAUGCGCACGGAGGAGCUUACGCUACUGAGGUGGGUUCCGCAAAGGCAAAUGCAAGGAGGUAUUGCUGUAAGAGUUUCUCGUCGCCUGUUGCGGCGGGAUGGUGGGCCGCGCCUCAAACUAUUCGAGCCAAUAACAAUGCUACAUGAGUGCGUGCGCACGGCAAAACAGGCGAACUCUAGCGGCCGAAGGGGGGAAAUCGCGAUCUGAGCCCAAGGCAUUCUCUCGCGAGCAGGCCACAGCGUGUCUGAGGCGAGAGGACGAGACAACGAAUGGAUAAAACAAGCAUCCGCAGGUCACGCACAGCCACUCACUUGAACAAGCAACGGCACAAUUUCCUCGCGCAUCAAUGCGCUGCGCCAGGAGGUCGGACAGACAGCCCAGGCGGCGGCAAGGGCGACCGCAAGGGCACCCUUCACGGGGGAGCAACGCCGUGGAAACACCGGGUGCGCCGAAGCGGUGGGCAGGGAAGAGGCAGGUUAGCGCAUCAUGGCCCAGGGCACGCGCGCGGACUAGGGGGGCUGAGGAACACAAUGGCACAGGAAGAAAAAGAAAAGGCCAUGGGAUCUGCGAGAUUUCGUGGCCCUGGCCAUGACAUCCACACCCCUCCACGCCCCCGAAAGCAAGGGGGGCGCGCCGAGGGAUGAAAGGCAACGUAAGCAGCUGGCUCAGGGAGGAAACAUGGACCUGGCAUCGGAGAGACAUCGCCGAUAGAUCGGCGAUGGGCCCCCAAUGGCAAAUCCGCACG